GGAAACUGUUGAGCCACCUUCAAUCAAUACUAUGUCGCAAGUCACAGACGAUACAGAGUGAUUCAUGAAAAUCUUAUGCAGUCUUCAAGCAGAGAGUUUUUGAGCCAGCCGAGUUCAGCUACACUUCUGCACCUUCAAUGGUAAAUUGAGCUGAUUAACUGUUAUGGCAAGGAAUGGAUACAAGAAGAUCUCUACGAACAAAGAUACAGAAAUAGUCAGCUUCCUGUCUCUUCUGCUAUUUCGAUGGAUGAAUAGUAUCUUCAAGAUAGGCAGUGAACGACCAUUAGAAGAGAAUGAUUUUUUACCGCUUUCAAAAGAGAAUUCUGCCUCUUUUCUGACCGAUCAGCUUCAACAAAACUGGAACAAAGAAAAAACAAAGUGCAACAGAAAUCAAACAAGGCCUAGACUUUGGAAAUGCGUCAUAAAGUUAAUAUCUGUCAAGGAUGCUAUGAUUAUUGUAUUCACAAGUGCUUUAAAAUCAAUUUCUCGCCUUCUUCAACCACUGUUAUUGGGAUAUCUUAUUUCAAUACUGAUAUCAGCUGAGCCACAGAAAGAUAAUCUUCUCUACGCUUGUACACUUGCUUUGUGUAUCAAUGCUGUCAUCAGAGCUCUCAGUAUGCACCAACACGACUAUAGAUGUGAGCUGUUGGGUAUCAGAAUCAGUUGCGCCCUAAAAGGUCUAGUUUACCAAAAGACGCUUCUUCUCAGCAAGGAUGCAUUGUCAAAAUUCACCGGAGGCCACGUGAUAAACCUUAUAUCAAACGAUGUUCAGCGAAUGGAGGAAGACACCAUCAUGUGGCUUUCCACAUCGAUUUCUUCGUGCUUUGUCCUGGUGGUGAUAACCGUGUUACUGGAGUAUUUGAUUGGCUGGCAAUCUCUUAUGGGAGUCUUUUUCCUGUGUUUUCUUGUGCCAUACUUCGCUGGGUUCUCCUAUAUUAGUGCUGCACUGCGCUUGCGUACAGCGGCGGUGUCCGACCGACGCAUCUCCUUAAUGAACCAGGUGGUUUCUGGAAUUCGUGCCAUCAAAACGCGUGCGUGGGAGGAAGAAUGCAGAAAAAAAAUUCGACACACACGAAGAAGUGAAAUUAACAUCAUCCGUAAGAAAAGUGCCAUACUGUCAGGUGUUCUGGCCUUGCAGGACGGUUCCUUAUCAAUGGCGACCCUAUUGUCUGUCGUUACUCUUGUACUAACUGGUCAACCCAUCACACCUAUCAAUGUCUUUAUGCUACUAGGUUUUAUGGAUAUCGCAAGAAUAGCAGCAUGUCGUUACUUUUCCUCUGCUUUACUACAAACAAACGACGCUUAUGCGUCGCUGGGACGAAUAGAAGAUUUUCUUCUUUUAGAAAAUAUCCCCGCCAUCUCACGUGGUCAAAUUAGCAAAGAUACCAGUGACACAGACAGCGGUUCAACCAAAGCUACGAACGGUCUCUCUGAUCAGGAGAAGAAAAAGGAAGCAGUAUUCAAUUUUCACCAAGUAAAAAAUCAGGAAAAACACAGUGCUUUAUGUGUGUCAAGUCUGACGCACAGACAUACCAAGCGAGAAGACGAUUUUAUUUUACAGGAUAUCCAAUUUUCCACAAAGUCACAAAGUCUAACAGUCAUCACUGGACCAGUGGGAAGUGGAAAAUCUACUCUUCUCUCAGCGAUCGCCGGUGAGAUCACUGACAUCAGCGGCAAAAUAACCUUCCAAGGUUCUUUUGUUUAUGUUCCCCAGACAGCUUGGAUCUUCUCUGGAACAAUAAGAGAAAACAUUUUGUUUGGUCAACCACACGAUGAACAAAAGUACACCAGAGUAAUUGAAGCAUGCGCUCUUAAAGAAGACAUCCAGCGGUUUCCUGACUAUGACCAAACAGUUGUUGGAGAACGCGGAGAAGUUCUGAGUGGAGGUCAGCAGGCGAGAGUUAGUUUAGCACGCGCAGUUUACGCUGAUGCAGAUCUUUACUUGUUAGACGAUCCUCUGAGUGCUGUGGACGUAAAAGUUGGCCAACAUAUCUUUGAAACAUGUAUCAACGAACUACUGGGAAAUAAAACGCGAGUGUUAACAUCUCAUCAAGAACAGCACAUGAAAGAAGCUGAUCAAGUGAUUGUGUUGUACAAAGGCCGUGUGUUGGAAAAAGGAAGUUUCACUGAACUGCAAGAAAAAGGUGUUGUAAACACAACUGUUGACCCUCUCUAUCAGACAGUUAGGAACGAUAGCAAGUUAACUAAGAGCGUUCCUCGGAAGAUUGAACAGAAAAACGAAGAUAACAAUGGCUGUGAAACAAUGGCUCCACUACUUAAUGAAGCCAGGGGUCUGGAAAUAUCACAAGAAGAUCGUUCCAUCGGAGUGGUUUCAUCAAAGCUUUACUGGAACUACUUUAGAAGCGGAGUACAUUGGUCAAUAAUCUGUGCAGUAAUUUGUUUGUGCUUCAUAACGCAAGCAAUGAUAGUUGCUCCUGAUGUCUGGCUCUCCUCGCUAACAAAGAAACUACCAGAAGAUCAGAAAGACAACACGAACCUCAUUAUCUAUGCUUGUCUCGUCAGUGCUUCCGUUAUCUUUGCCGUCAUUCGAGCAUGUGGAUUCCUUUUUGUUUCAUUAAGAUGUUCUGAACGCCUUCAUGACAAAAUGGUUGUAGCUAUUUUACAAGCACCGGUUCAUUUCUUUGAUUCAAAUCCCGUGGGUAGAAUACUCAAUCGAUUCUCUAAAGAUAUAGGCUGCCUUGACGAGUUGCUGCCCAAGACGUUUCUAGUAUCUAUCCAGCGAGUCUUGUUGGUGUUUGCGUCAAUAAUUGUACCAACUGUUACAAAUCCUUGGCUUCUAUUUCUUGUUGUUCCGUUGAUUGUGUUAGUCGUGUAUAUAUCCAAGUAUUACUUGAAAACGUCCAGAGAACUCAAAAGGUUAGAGUCAAUAUGCCGCAGUCCAGUGUUCUCUCACUUCUCCCAGACCCUGAAUGGACUGGACACGAUUCGAACAAGAGGCAGACAAAGGGAUUUCGUGGAUCAGUUUUACAGAUAUCAAGAUGUUCAUAAUCAGUCGUAUAUUAUGGUGAUGGCCAGUGGGCGAUGGCUUGGUGUACGCUUGGACCUUCUAGCAUCCCUGUUAAUUGGUGCUGUGUCUCUGGCGGCUGUUUUAGUGUCUCAAGAUGCCGCUUGGGCCGGGCUUGCGCUUGUUUAUGUCAUCCAGACUUCAUCUAGUACUCAAUAUGCUGUCAGAAAAACCUCGGAUGUCGAGAAUUUCAUGACUUCAGUUGAACGAGUGAUGACGUACAUCAAACUUGACUCAGAGCCUGGAUAUAAAGUACUUAGGCUUCCCCCGGAACACUGGCCACAUGAAGGAAAUAUCACAUUCCAAGAUGUGUCAUUGACGUACUAUCCAGGAGGGCCUCAGGUACUGAAGAGAAUCAAUCUUAACAUCAAAGGAGGAACAAAGAUCGGUGUUGCAGGCCGCACAGGGGCAGGCAAGUCAUCUUUUGUGGCAGCGCUCAUGCGCAUGCCUGACGCUGAUGGAGACAUAUUGGUUGAUGAUAUUCCAAUCAAACAGAUCAAUCUCCAAGAGGCUCGACGAUGUAUAUCCGUUCUUGGCCAGAGCCCUGUCCUGUUCAGUGGAUCGCUGAGAAAAAAUCUUGAUUUCUUGGAGCACUUGCAAGAUGCAGAUUUGUGGCGAGCUUUAGAGGAUGUGAAACUGAAAGAGUUGGUAGAAAGUUUAGAGGGACAGCUGGAUUACGAGCUGUUGGAACAUGGAGCAAAUCUCAGUGUAGGAGAACGGCAGUUAAUUUGUAUGGCUCGUGUGCUGUUACAACAAAACAAGAUCGUCAUCUUGGAUGAGCCCACUGCACAUGUGGAUCCUGAAAGAGAGCAAACAAUCUGGAACGUAGUGCGUGAGAAACUAAAGGACUCCACGGUAAUCACUGUAGCUCAUCGUUUAAGCACCAUCAAAGACUGUGACAUGAUUUUGGUUUUGAAAGAUGGAGAGGUUGAUGAAUUUGACAAAUUUGAUACUUUAGUAAAUAAGAAAGGAGGUGCUUUGAGUGAAAUGGCUCGAGUUGCAGAUAUCUAGAUAGGCCAAUGCCCUCCGUGUUUACAAAACAGACCUAAAUCAAUUUGAGUCAAUUGUUGGCGACUGUUUACUUCAUGCUUAUAGAAAACAACCAGUAGCAUGUAUUAUAUACAAUAGAAUUUUCUGACUUAAGUGGUUUUGUUACAGACUAAGUGAUAUUCUUUAGAGAAUUUUGUUAUGAUCCAUUUUAAAAUUAUCCAUUCAGAUAUACACUAGACCGGCUAUUUGAAAAUUUGAAAGCAAGAAUUCUCAAGAGUAUCAUUACAUGGUCUGAAAUGAAGAAACAAACCUCCCAAGUUAAAAAGAUCUAUUAGAAUGAGGAAACUGAGCUAUAUAUAACGAAAGUGUGGAACAAUCUCAUCAAAGAACAUUGGGCAAAGGGACUUCAGUCAUUAUAAACACCAUGUUUUAUUUUUAUGGACUUCUUUGUGAUCAGUGGGUGGUAUAUUAGUCAUUCCAUUUACUGCUCAGUUUUCCUAGUUUUAUAUAAUCAACUGCCCGGAUCUUACACUUUUAGAAUUAAGAUUUGAAUUCAGUGGGUGGAAUAUUAUUAAAUAGGCCCUGAAUUAUAGUCUGCCUUACGAAAAUAUAACGUGUUUAUUAUAAAGUAGCAACUAAGUUUUUUCGCCAACCCGGAGUAAGGCGUGCAUUAAUUUUACCGUCUUUAAAUUCUUAUAGUCAUUAUUUAGGUCGUCACCAAACUAAAGGACAAAUUAACCUUAAGACAAAUUUAUCUUUGUUUUAUCUAAGUGAAUGUACCGUGAUGAUUUUCUUUGGGGGCAAAUAAACGGUACAUUCAGUACAUUAUAGGCUAGGGUUUCGAAUCAUGAUCUGGGCCAGUUUCUCGAAAGCCCCGGAAACUCUUCGGGCCCCGUAAAGCCAUUUUUAGUUAGUCUGUAUCUCGAGAAACAGGGAGGUGUAUACGCUCGCUGAAACUUCUUGUGUGAAGGGAACCUCUGUUGAUGUUAAGAAUAUGUGAAUAAAACAGCUCUGUAAUCAUAAG